GAAGAAAGUCCACGACAGCGCCCUGAGUAUUUGUAUACAAUCAACUCACCACGUCCACGUCGCUCCACGCAUCUCCACCCUCCAUCCAAUCUUCGCCGUAUCCCACACAGCUUCAAACACAGCCUUGAGGCACAAAUCGCCCGCAAUGGCUUCCACAUACAACCAGCAGCAGCAGUCGGUGUACCCCAACACCUAUGUCGGUUUCGACAGCAUCACUUCGCAGAUCGAGAAGAAGCUCGUGAAGCGUGGUUUCCAGUUCAACAUCAUUUGCGUUGGCCAGACUGGUCUCGGAAAGUCAACGCUUAUCAACACCAUCUUUGCCUCGCACCUCAUGGACAGCAAGGGCCGUCUUACCCCUGAGGAGCCCAUUCGCAGCACCACCGAAAUCCAGGCCGUUUCCCACAUCAUCGAGGAAAACGGUGUCCGUCUCCGCCUCAACAUUGUUGACACCCCCGGAUACGGUGACCUGAUCAACAACGAGCGCUGCUGGGACCCAAUUGUCAAGUACAUCAAGGACCAGCACAGUGCCUACCUCCGCAAGGAGCUUACCGCGCAGCGAGAGCGAUACCUCCAGGAUACCCGUAUCCACUGCUGCUUGUUUUUCAUCCAGCCUUCCGGCCACGCCCUUAAGCCCAUCGAUAUUGUUGUGCUCAAGAAGUUGAGCGAGUUCGUCAACGUCGUUCCUGUCAUCGCCAAGAGUGACAGCUUGACCCUCGAGGAGCGCGCUGCUUUCAAGGAGAGGAUAAGGGAGGAGUUCCAGUUCCACAACCUCAGGAUGUACCCAUACGACAACGAGGAGCAUGACCAGGAGGAGGUUGCUUUGAACACUUCCAUCAAGGGCAUCCUUCCUUUUGCCGUCGUCGGUUCGGAGAAGACCAUCGUUGUCAACGGCAAGCAAGUCCGUGGACGUCAGAACCGUUGGGGAGUUAUCAAUGUUGAGGAUGAGAAUCACUGCGAAUUCGUCUACCUCCGCAACUUCUUGACCCGCACCCAUCUCCAAGACCUUAUCGAAACCACCUCCCAGAUCCACUACGAGUCCUUCCGUGCCAAGCAGCUCCUUGCUCUCAAGGAGAGCUCUGCCGUUGGUGGUCACAGCUCCAGGCCCAUCUCGCCCGCUGCUGAGCGCGAGUUGAGCCGGAACAGCCAGAGAAUGACCAUGAACGGCUAUUAGGUGGCGCCUGUUUCGUGAGCCUACUUUGAGCGUGUAAUAAGGAGACGUCGAUUGAAACGGUUUUCAGGACGCUUAAAGGGGCUACAGUCGGGGCACAGAAUGGGGGAAGAAGAGACCGUUGCCGUAUGAUACCAGUGCAGCACUUAGGCACGAUCGGAGCCGUUGGGAGGAGAGACAUACAUUCUAUAUUUGAACAGCCUUAGGUUUAUUGGAUCGAUAUCGUUUUAGUCCGGAUGAAAACUUUCACUUCUCUUUCUUAUGUAUCAAGCGUGGGGUUUUGGGGACUGUUACCCAGGCAUUACUGGUUAUACCUGGGCGUGGGUGUCUGGGGUAGUGACAUACAGUAGUGUGGUAAUACUCAAUUAAAGACCUCCUAGGCUCUCCAUAUAUUCU